AUGCCCUCAUAUGCUAAGUUCCUAAAAGAAAUCCUAUCGAAUAAGAAGAAAUUAGAAGACAACGAGACUGUAACACUCACUACCGAAUGUAGUUCUAUAAUUCAAAAUAAAAUGGCACCUAAGCUGAAAGACCCAGGAAGUUUCUCCAUACCUUGCAAUAUAGGAAAAUUUGGCAUAGACAAAGCUUUGUGCGACUUAGGAGCUAGUAUUAGCCUAAUACCUUUGUCCAUUUGCGAGAAACUUAACAUGGGAGACCUAAGACCAACAAAGAUGUCAAUACAACUUGCAGACCAAUCUGUCAAGUAUCCUGUAGGUGUUCUUGAAAACAUACCCGUCCGCAUCGGACAAUUCUACAUCCCUACGGAUUUCAUAAUUAUGGACAUAAAAGAAGACGUCAAUACUCCUAUAAUCUUAGGAAGACCUUUUCUAGCUACCACUGGAGCCAUUAUAGACGUAAAGAAAGGCAAGUUGACAUUCGAAGUAGGUGAAGAGAAGGUCGAGUUUAUCUUAACACAAUUCCUUGAAGCCCCAGUUAUAGAAGAUACAUGUUACCUGGUGGAUGUUAUUGAUGAAUGUGUAAGAGAGAUAGGAUUAUUAGAAGAAUCUUACUCUGAAGUUAUAAAGAUUCCGAUACCCCUGAUUUUCGAAGAUGAUAAUUGGCGUCCGGAAUAUCGAGACGAUAGUUUAAGCGAAUGCUUAGCAUUAACACCCAACCCUAUGCCUUGCCCAAAGAAACCAGCCUUGGACCUUAAACCAUUACCCAAGACUCUUAGGUAUGAAUACCUAGAUGAUGAGCUCAAAAGACCAGUAAUAGUCAACGCAGAGCUAGGAGCCACAGAGACCGAGAAGCUAUUACAAAGAUGCAUGAUGUCAAUUUUCGCUGAUUACAUUGACAACAUCAUGGAAGUCUUUAUGGACGACUUCUCUGUAUGUGGGGAGGAUUUCGAAGGAUGCCUCUCAAAUCUAGAAAAAGUUUUGGACCGAUGUGUACAAGUUAACCUCGUCCUAAACUGGGAAAAGUGUCACUUUAUGGUUAAACAAGGGAUUGUACUUGGACAUGUAGUCUCCGAAAGAGGGAUUGAAGUCGAUAAAGCAAAGAUCAAAGUAAUAGAAAACCUCCAACCCCCAAAAACAGUUAGAGAGAUACAGAGCUUCUUAGGACACGCGGGUUUCUACCGCAGAUUUAUAAAGGAUUUUUCUAAGAUCUCUAAACCUCUAACCAGCCUCUUAAUGAAAGACGUUGAGUUCAAUUUCAACGAUGAAUGUUUAGAAGCCUUUGAAGUACUAAAGACAUCCCUUAUAUCCGCACCCAUAAUGCAACCACCCGACUGGAAUUUACCAUUCAAAAUUAUGUGUGAUGCAAGCGACUAUGUUGUAGGAGCAGUCUUAGGCCAAAGGAAAGAUAAGAAACUCCACGCAAUAUACUAUGCAAGUAGGACCUUAGACCGUGCGCAAAUGAAUUACGCCACAACCGAAAAGUAA